CCCCCGCUGCUCAGGACAGUAACGGCACAACGAGACGUGCUUUUCCGUCAGCCUCCAAAACGCCAGAAAAAGUCGCCAGAUUGGUCACUUUUGGGGGGAAAAAGUGGCCAAGUUGACAGCACUGGCUGCGCCCUGCAGGUCCUCCCACAGCCUGCAGGCAUCAGCGCCCUGUCAGGCUUGAACUUGUUCCAGGACACUGGUCCAGGUCGUUCUCUCCUGACGGACUGGAUCUGCUCUCUGGUGUACGGCGCUGUGGAUAGAAGCGUCUGCUGAAAGACACUGGAGAAGAUCCGUCUGUUGUCGUGUUCACUGACUGAACUCUGGUUUUGUUGGAUAUCGGUUCCAGUCCACGUGUUGAUCAGAGACGGAGGAAGACGGUAACAUGUCUGCCUGGUUCUGGCUGAUGCUCUGCUUCCUGGUCCGGUCCUCUGAAGGUCAGAAAAUCAUCAGAGCAGAACCCGGACAGAAUGUUACUCUGCCAUGUGAAGCUCCCAACAACAAAGACAACACCAUCAUAACUGUAGAGUGGAUCAGACCUGGACUAGACCCAGAACAUGUUCUUUUCUAUCGACGUGGACACUUAGAUCCAGACAACCUGGAUCCAUCUUAUAAGAACCGGACGGAUCUACAGGACAGACAGAUGAAGGACGGAGACGUUUCUCUGGUUUUGACGGAUGUGAAGAUGGAGGACACUGGAACAUACGAGUGUCAAGUUCUCCAGGAAGGAACGAACAGUUUGAUGAAGGAUCUCAUCUGCAUCACCUUCCUGGAAGUUCGUCAACCAG